CAAGCGAGUGCCAGCUUCCUCCCAAGGCACGAGCAACCGAGAAAGCCACUCGCCCGUCCGUUCCCGCAACUCGAUCCAGUCCAGUUCGCGCACGACGUCGCAAAGCAUGUGCAAGGUGGCGAUCACGAUUCCGUCCCUCGUGUGGCUGCGCCGCGCCGUGCGGCGGUGGCGGUCCCGUGGCCGCGCCGCGGAUGCCUCCGGCUUCUCCUCCUCCUCCCCGCGUCCCUGCACCGCGGUGCCGGCGGGGCACGUGGCGGUGUGCGUGGAGGCCGCCGGCGGAUCCGGCUCCGGCUCCACCAGGCGGUUCGUGGUGCGGGUGGCGCACCUCAGCCACCCGGCGUUCCGGGAGCUGCUGCGGCAGGCGGAGGAGGAGUACGGCUUCCCGGCGGCCCCCGGGCCCGUCGCGCUUCCCUGCGACGAGGACCACUUCCUCGACGUCCUCCACCGCGUGUCCUCUUCGGGCACCACCGCCUCCUCCUGCUGCGGCCUCGCCACGCGGCGGUGCGCGCGCGGCGAGUCGCGGCCGCUGCUGCAAGGAAGAAUAAUGGCUGUGGAUCAGAAGCUCGCCUGGUGAUUGAUUGAUUCGUGCGUCCGUUGGCAUCUGCUGGCUGAACGGAUCGAGCGAGCCUGCGUGCUUAUGACAUAUUAGGGUGACGGGUUUCUGCAAGACUGCAAGUACGAACUCGCGUGCAAGUGCUCAGCUGGGGCCAUUGCCCAGCGCGAGCGGGAAAGGGCAAAGGCGUCUCGCCCGGCUGGCGCGGCCGAGUAGACCGUGCAUGCAGGCACAGGGAGGCAGGGCGGCAAAACAAGCGCCAGACUCGCCGCGCGCAUCCCGUGAGGCGGCGUGCGGCAAGAAGCAGCACUACCCCGGCUACCGCGAUGGGCCAAGCCUGCGUGGGCAAAUUUCUAUUAGGAAAGAAGCCACGGACAUUGUUAACAGCAGCUAGUUGUAUAUGGAUUUAAGUUAGAGUUAAGGAAGCCUAUAAAUUUUAGUGCGAAUAAACGUGGUUCCUGGUGAUUUUGCCCCA